AUGCCUUCCUGUGGCACACAAGAGCGAACAGAGAACAGACCCCAACAUGAGGCUGUGGAUGGAGGCCUGGAUGGAGGCCUGGAUGGAGGCCUGGAUGGAGGCCUGGAUGGAGGCCUGGAUGGAGGCCUGGAUGGAGGCCUGGAUGGAGGCCUGGAUGGAGGCCUGGAUGGAGGCCUGGAUGGAGGCCUGGAUGGAGGCCUGGAUGAGGGCCUGGAUGGAGGCCUGGAUGAGGGCCUGGAUGGAGGCCUGGAUGGAGGCCUGGAUGGAGGCCUGGAUGGAGGCCUGGAUGGAGGCCUGGAUGAGGGCCUGGAUGGAGGCCUGGAUGAGGGCCUGGAUGGAGGCCUGGAUGAGGGCCUGGAUGGAGGCCUGGAUGGAGGCCUGGAUGGAGGCCUGGAUGAGGGCUCGGUCAGCCCCUCACUCUGGGACCACACGGAUCUGGGGUCUGCUGCAGAACGCUCCCUCCCCCCGGCUGCCUGCAGGCCGAGCCUCCAGGAUGUGGACGCCCAGGACUUCGAUGAAGACUUUGACGAUCUUCCACUGGAUGAACUGGACUACAACGUCCUGGCUCAGGAUCCAGACCAGGACCCACACAGCGACAAUGACUUCAUGGAGGAAGACCUGGUCUUCAUUGGAGAGAUGGAAGUCUCUGUGGUCCAGGCCCCCACCUCCCUCCUAGAGGCCCCCAUACCCCCCCCAGAGGCCCCCACCUCCGCUCUGGACCUCAGCUCCUCCCCCUUCACGUACAUCUGUCUGCUGGAGCUCCUCCCGGAGGAGCAGGACCCUGUGGAGGUCCAGGUGAAGGCCUUCCUGGUGACUCUGCUGAGCAGACUGAGGAGCAGAGGGAGGAGGUGGCAGGUGGAGGCGCGGGUCUCUGAUGGGACCGGGUUCUUGGACGUGACGGUCUCGGAUCAGGUGCUGCAGGGCCUUCUGGGCUUCAGCGUGGAGGAGAAGGUCCAGAUGAGGAGGGACCCAGCCCAGAGGAAGCGUCUGGAGGCCGGCAUGAGGAGGUGCCAGGAGGGGCUGGUCGACAUGAGUCUCAUCAUGGCCCUGAGGGUCGACCGGAGGAGGAAGGAGGUGCUGCUGAAGGAGACCAGGGAGCUGACAACACAGGACAUACAGGAGCUGCAGGAGAGAGUCCGAGGAGGAGAGAGGAGGUGA